CUCAAGGGAGAGAGAGAGAAACAAGAAAGUGUGAAUAAAAGAGGUGUGAGAGUGAAACUAAUAGAUUGAUAGAGAGAAUGAGAGAGUGAGAGUGAGAGAGAGAGAGAUAGUGCAAACCAAAGAAGAGGAAAGAGACACUUGACUUCUUGAAGGUUCGGUUGUGCAUUUUUACACAGUGAUGUUCACAGCCCCAAACUACCACAGCCAUGGCCAGUUUGGUACCAGAAGAUCAAGGCCCACAGUUCUUCAGGAAACACAAGGGGGAGCUAGAGAUGCGUCUUGGUGUCCUUGCACCUCUUCUGAUCGACCUGGAACGUUCUAGUGUUCUCUCUCGUCUAGAGAGGGAACAGGUGCAGAGCAAACCAACCCCCCAAGAACAGAACCAUGUUCUCAUCACCAUGCUGGAGAAGAAAGGGGCCGUGGCCCAAGAGAGGUUCUAUGAGGCUUUGAAGUCUAAUGACCCUCUUCUGGUGGAGGAUCUUCAGCCUUCAGCACAGAGCCCAGCAGUGCCUGAGCCACAGCAAGGAGGAGCACCAACCCCAGCAGUGCCUGAGCCACAGCAAGGAGGAGAUGCUGCAAAGAUAGUUACAAAAUCUUCACUGAAAAUGAAGCUUCAGAACCAUCUAAAACAGAGGUUUUCUACUAUAAACCAACAUGAUAAAAAGUACAAUGUACAAGACAUGUACACUGAUCUUUACAUUGUAACGGGCCGCACUGGAGGAGUCAGUUGUGAACAUGAAGUGGCAGCAAUUGACAUGACACAAAUUGGGGCUAGACCAAGCUCUGAAGAUGAACAAGUCAAGAUGGCAGACAUAUUCAAAGUCAAAUCUUGCAGCAAAGUUUUGACUUUGGGAAUUGCUGGUGUGGGAAAAACUGUUUCAGUGCAGAAGUUUGUCAUGGACUGGGCUGAUGACAAAUCAAAUCAAGACAUAGACUUUGUUUUUGUUUUUUUAUUUCGAGAGCUAAACUUGAAGAAAGGAAAAUGCUUCAAUCUUUUAGGUCUUCUUUUGUUAUUCUACCCUGAUCUCAAAGAAUUGAAAACAAUUACAGAAUUCAGUGAAAGCAAAAUUCUCUUGAUCUUUGAUGGUUUGGAUGAAAGCAGACUCCAGCUGAACUUUGAAGAGUGGACCUCUGAGCCUGACAAAGAAUUCUCCGUGGACAUCCUCAUAUCUAGUCUCAUUAAAAGUAUGCUACUGCCCUCUGCACUCAUCUGGGUCACAACCAGACCAGCAGCAGCCAGUCUGAUCCCUGAUGAUCUCUUCAACUUGGUGACAGAGGUGCGAGGAUUUAAUAACACACAAAUAAUCGACUUCUUUAAGACGAGCAUUAAGGAUGCAGCAAAGGCCAACAGUAUCACUGAUCAUAUCAAAAAGAACAGAAGCCUUCACAUCAUGUGUCACAUUCCAGUAUUCUGCAGUAUCAUAGCGAGCGUACAGGAUGAAAUACUGAGGAAUGAGAGCAAAGGUGAAGGGGCCAAAACGCUGACGGAAAUGUACACACUUUAUAGUGUAACUCAGAUCAAAACAAUGAAUGAAAAAUACAAGGCCAAGAUGAGUGCAGAAGAAAAAGGCCAGUUGCUUGUUAAGCUUGGGAAACUGGCAUUCAAACAUCUGGAGAAAGGCACGCUGAUCUUCUAUGAGAAAGACUUGACAGAGUGUGGUAUUGAUGUUACAUCUGGAACAUUGAGGGCUGGCCUUUGUACACAGAUCUUCAACGUGGCGAGUGCUACAACUGGAGAGGAGCUAUUCAGCUUUGUGCACUUAAGCGUACAAGAAUUCUUGGCAGCUCUUUAUCUUCUUAAGAAAAAUUCAACUCACUGGACCAAUCGCCCCUUAGUCAAUACCUUGAAGGAGAAGACCAGCUGGCUGUCCAAACACUCACGGGUUAACCUCUACACAUCUGCUGUGGAUGAAGCACUGCAAAGCCAGAAUGGACAUUUAGAUCUUUUUGUGCGCUUCCUUCUUGGACUGGCUCCAAUGUUGGAGCCUAAAAUCCGGUCCCCACUGGAUUUGAUUCUGCCACGUUUAUAUGUCAGAGAAGAGAGCAUCAGCAAAACAGUCCAACACAUCAAAGUGAAGAUCAGGGAAAGCAUCUCAUCAGAACGGAUCAUCAACCUCUUCCACUGUUUAAAUGAGCUUGGGGACAACACACUGGUUGAUGAAAUCAACAGGUACAUAAAGUCAGCAGAUGAGGAGAAGAAACUGACUCCAGCCCAGUGUUCAGCUCUGGCUUAUGUACUGCUGAUGUCAACGGAGGACUUGGAGGAGUUUGAUCUGAAGAAAUACCUGAGAUCACAGGAAGGGUUCCGUCGAAUGCUUCCUGUAGUGAAAGUGUCAAGAAAAGUUUGGCUGAAUCAGUGUCACCUCUCUAAAACAAGCUGUGAAAUGAUGGCAUCAGUGCUGCAGAGGACACCUUCCCAUCUGAGAGAGCUGGACAUGAGUAACAAUGACCUGCAGGAUGAAGGAGUGAAGCUGCUCUGUGUGGGACUAAGAGGUCCACAAUGCAAGCUGGAGACACUGAGACUUGCUGGUUGUGAGCUAACAGAGGAAUCCUGUAAGGCUGUAGCCUCUGCUUUGCAGUCCUCCAUCUCCCUAAAGGAACUGGACCUGAGUCACAAUGACCUGAAGGAUUCCGGAUUUCAACUUCUCUCUACAGGACUCAGUAGCCCUCACUGUAAACUGACGACUUUAAGACUUGCUGGUUGUAAGCUAACAGAGGAAUCCUGUAAGGCUGUAGCCUCUGCUUUGCAGUCCUCCAUCUCCCUAAAGGAACUGGACCUGAGUCACAAUGACCUGAAGGAUUCUGGAGUUCAGCUUCUCUCUACAGGACUCAGUAGCCCUCACUGUAAACUGACAUCUUUAAGGUUUGUAUGUGCACACAUAUUGUGGCACUGUUGGCUUCCUGUCUGUAAAUCUUUGGAAUAAAUUAUCAGCUGCAGUAUGUGUUAAAACAUCAGUGAGUCAGUGCCAGCUGCAGGAUGCAGUUUAAGAUCAAGUACAUUGUCAUGUUGAUAUUAACAGAAUGACAGUAGAUCCAGAGGUGAUUACCAGAGUAUUUAAAACGACAUGCUUUAACAAGGCAACAGGGCCAGAUGGCAUGUCUGCUUUUCUUAUUAAAACAUUUGCAGAGGAACUCCCACCGGCCUGGCAUCCACUCUUUCAGCUCUCUAUAGAUUCCCAGUGUGAUGUGGCAGCUCAUAGGCGCGUCCUAAUGGCGGCCGCUAUGAGCUUUCAUCUGCAUUUUACCGUUUGAACUCACUCAUGCUGAUAACUUCACUCCUGUCCUCCAUUACUACAUGUACUCAUUGGUCAUUCCCCAUGCUGUGUGUAUUGUUAGUGUGUGUAGAAACAGAAGGGUGCACACAUACUGAAAACUGUGCCAGACAUUUCACUCACCUUUCAUUCAUUCACUCCAUAUAAAAUGAUGUUUAUUGAAAAUAUCCAUAUAUGGCAGUAACAUCAGACAGGUUACGUCUUACGCAAAUAUUUAGACAAAAAUGCACCAGCGUCUCCAUUUCCUGCGGAGACUGAGAGUCUUUGGGGUUUGUGAGAGCAUCAUGUUAAUUUUGUAUAGAGCCACCAUAGAGUCCAUCUUGCACUAUGGCAUCACCAGCUGGUUUGGACAUCUGACAGUUAAGGUCAAGGCCCAACUAGGUAAUGUGGUCACAUUACCAACACAACAGCUGGACAAAUGAUGGAGUCCCUUCUCUCCUCACUCUCCAAGACAUAUCUGAGCAGUCCACUCUACAGCAGGCUGACAGAAUUCUAUCUGACC